UUAAGUUACUUAUGUACUUUGUUUUAAAAUAAAAGUUUUAUCUACUACUUGUGGGUUUAGUCUAGUUUAGACCACCCGCAUCGGGGGUUUAUGAGAGAGUCAUGGGCUCGGUAUCAUAGGCCUUUUCGAUUAAAAGAAAUGAAUAAAUGGGUUUCAACCCGUGCACCGGGUCUUCCAAGUGAGCCCGUAUGAUACGGGGUCAUGCCACGCGGCGCAGAGGGAGUGGCUACGCGAUCUCGCGUGUUGAGUGAGAAAAAAAGGGUUUCGCGUGAAAGAUCCCAUUUUCCCUUCUCUCUUCGAAAUCUAGGGUUUCUCCGUCUCUGAGGCGAUUUCGUGUCCGAGUCCAGAGCCGGAGAUUUUCUCGAUCAAUUCGUCGUCGGAGUCACUCGUAAACGCUCUCAGGUCACCAGUUCAAGGAGGAGGAUGCGUGGAUGGUUGCAGGUCUUUGUUUCUUUAUGUAUCAAAUCAAGUCACGGGUGGUAAUGUAGUAGUAGGUGGUUGUAGUGGUAGAUUAUGUAAGAUGGAAUCACGGGAGAGUGUAGUGUUUUCCAACUUUCUACACUCGUUUUAUGUAUGUAUCAAAUCAAGGGUAUGUCCCCACGGCUUUGCUUUUGUACUCACAGGUGUAUGUACCCACAUGCUACUUGCUUCAAUGUUUUUCUAUAUAAAUGACUAUGUGUUUCAUUCUAUUUAUCUCAUUCAUGCAUUUUAUCAAAACUAUCUUACCAACUAUGUGAUAGCCAUACUUUUAUCAAAACUAUCUCACCAUCUCGGAAUCUCACCAACCAACACCACGAGAAUCACAACAACAAUCAAACAAGAAUCACCAAUCAACACAAAGAAUCAACUCUACUACUCCUCAACCCCACAGAUCAUCUCUACCAUUCAACAGAGGUAAGUUGAAAACCAAAAAUUCUAAGUAAUGAACAUAUCCUUAAAUAAUGAAAUUCUAAAUUCUAUAUUAUCAUAUUUAAAACCAAAAAAAGGUUUAUAAUUUACUAAACUUAAAACCCAAAAAAAAAGAUUCAAGAGAAAUAAACAGAUUUAUAAUUUUAAUGAAAAACUUUACUAAGGUUAAAACCAAAAUAAUAUAAAAAAAACUAAGGUUAAAACCCAAAAAAAAAAUGAAGAGAAAUAGAGAAAUAAACUUUAAAAGAGGAAAAGCAUACCAUAUAUAAGAAAUAAAAAUUUGUUUUAAAAGUUUAUUAAAAAUUCCUCCCUAUUGCCUUUUGUAGAAAAAAUAUUACAAUAAAUAUCAUCAACAAUGUCUUCCUAAUCAAGUGAUGAAGCGGAUGAAGUUUUUGAUGAAUUGGUCGAUGAAGUAGUUGAUAAUUUCAUCGAUACAGUAAUUGAUGGUCAAACCAACAAACCAAAGAGGCGAGCUUAUAUUGAAAGAGAUCGAGAACUAGGACACAUUCGACUAUGCAACGACUAUUUCAGUAAUAAUCCAACGUACACACAAGAUAUGUUUAGGCGGCGGUUUCGAAUGAACAAGCCAUUGUUCCUUCGCAUUGUCGACCGUCUAAGUACUGAAGUUCCGUACUUUCAGCAAAGAAGAGAUGCUACCAGAAGGAACGGGCUAUCUCCACUUCAAAAGUGUACGGCAGCGAUACGUAUGCUCGCAUAUGGUCAGUCAGGAGAUACAUAUGACGAAUAUCUCCGGAUGGCUGACAGUACAUCACGUUUAUGUUUGGAAAAAUUCACUGAUGCAAUAAUACAAUUGUUUGGGGAUGAGUAUCUACGAACACCUACAGCCGAGGAUCUUCAGCGAUUACUCGAUAUUGGAGAGGUAAGGGGAUUUUCGGGGAUGAUAGGCAGCAUCGACUGUAUGCACUGGGAGUGGAAAAGCUGCCCAACAGCUUGGAAAGGUCAGUUCACACGUGGUUCGGGAAAGCCGGCAAUUGUCUUAGAAGCCGUGGCAUCACAAGAUCUUUGGAUUUGGCACGCUUUUUUCGGCUUACCAGGUACCCUAAACGAUAUCAAUGUUCUUGAUCGGUCUCCAGUUUUUGAUGACAUCUUACAUGGUCGAGCCCCUAAAGUGAAGUUCAAGGUCAACAACCACACUUAUCGUAUGGCCUACUAUCUUACCGGCGACAUUUAUCCUCCAUGGGCAACAUUUAUCGAAUCCAUCCCACUUCCUCAAGGUCGUAAAGCACAUAAAUUUGCAGAAAUGCAAGAAUCCGCCAGAAAAGAUGUCGAACGGGCUUUUGGAGUAUUGCAAUCGAGGUUUGCAAUUGUUAGGAACCCAGCUCUACAAUGGGACAAGGAAAGGAUAGGAAAAGUAAUGAUAGCUUGUGUCAUAUUGCACAAUAUGAUAGUAGAGGACGAACGAGACAGAUACGCUCCAAUUGAUAUAUCUGAGUUUGAGACAGGACAGUCUAGCAGAAGUUCGCAGGCGAGAAGCAGAGAUAGUGUUAAUGUACCCCUGAUAUGUUAGCCAUGCGGAGAGAAGUUCGAGAUAGCGACAAGCAUCAUCGUUUGAAAGCUGAUUUAGUGGAAAAUAUUUGGCAAAUGUUUGGUGAUGAAGAUGAAUAAAUAAGUUAUGUAUGUUACAAAAAUUUCUCAAUUUAUGUAAUGUACUUUUAAUGUAUUGAAUAAAAUGUUUUCAUAAUUUUAAUAAUAUGUUUUAAUAUUUUAUUCAUUUUUUUGAAUAUUUUUAAAAAAAAUUUUAAAAAAAUUAAUAUUAUUAUUUUAUUCCUAUGAACUCCUUCUUCGGGUUCACUAAUGCAGAAAACAGCAUAUCCGAAUUUAUAACUGUUCAUGGACCCACGAAAAAAUAUUAAAAAAAGGGGCUC